GAGAGAGAUACGAUAUUUUGUUGAGUAGCAUGAACUACUUACAGGCCCAAGCCUUUGAGAUAAAUAUAGACGUUUUAGAUUUCCUUAAAAGGAAUUUGGAUUCCUUAGUUAAAUCAGGCCUACUUAUGCCUAGUCAUCUUGCAUCAUUGAAUAUAGCCAAAGCUACCUCACUCUUAAGAAAGGCUUACUUAGAGGAUAAAUCUAUAACAAAGGAUUUUCAAUAUCAAGAUUUGCUUAAUGAGUUCAUGUUGCGUAUUCAACGUGCUCGUUAUGAGAAAUUUAUAUUCAAAAUAGCAUCAGCCUACGCAGGGUAUAAGUUUUAUCUACCAGCCUUCGUUGACUUCCGUGGUAGGAUUUACCGCUCUGGGGUAUUACAUUUUCAUGAACGUGAUUUAGCUAGGGGUCUAAUAGUAUUUUCUUCUGUAAGAAAGAAAUCAGAUACUGAUAUCAAUGAGGUAUAUGAUUUUAUAGCUAAUGCUGCUGCUUUUCAUUUUAAGAAGUUUGAUACUUAUGAAGAUGCUAAUCAAUGGUUUCACGACCAGGAAGUCAAUUUGAAUUCUGAUGAUAGACUCAUUAAGUUUGCUGGAGAUGCUAAAAAUCCAUAUCAGUUCAUAAGCAAGGUUUUAAGUUUCGGUAAACACGGUACUAUAUCACCUUUGCAAAUUCCUAUCACACAAGAUGCAUCAGCAAGUGCUUAUCAGCUCAUUAGUUGUCUUUUGUUAGAUAAAGAAUUAGCUAAGCAUACUAAUCUAAUUCCCAAUCCCGAGGUGGAUAAGGAGGGUCCAGCUCUCACAUUUAGAGAGAAUGAGAUAGAUCAGCCUGUGUAUGAUAUGGUUGAAAGACUUGUGUUUCAGAAAGCUGAGACAUACGAAGAUAGUGAGCUAUCUGGUAUUUUUAUUCGAAUAUAUCUUUUAGAUAUGAAGGAUAGUGCGAUGCCUAAGCCGCUCUCUGAUGAGGAGAUUGCUAGCAAGAUCUGGGAAUGCAUUAACAGUAAGGUGGUGGUUGAACCUAAGGAAACAAUAAAGUUCAAACAUAGUAAGCGUCGUUAUCCAGAGUAUCUCACUGCACUCAAACCGAGUAAAAGACCAAAGCAGUCUUUCAUUGUUGCUGAUUCAGAGACUGUUCUAAUAAAUAAUGUUCAUGUACCUUACGCAGCGGGCUUUUUAGUUGUUAGAGUAGGUGAUGAGCUGCUUUCAGAGACUGCCAAUCAACGUUUAGCAGCAGUUGUUAGAAAUGAACCAUCUAUUAAAACGGUCUAUUUCCACAACUUCUCACGAUUCGAUGGUAUUCUUAUACUGAAAUAUUUAGCUACUCAUGGUAUGAAGUACACGUUCAUUCCUCUUAUGAGGAACAAUAUGCUAUAUGAGUUAGCUAUCUAUCGUGGAAAGAAGCUGCUAUUCCGUCUAAAGGAUUCCAUCACAUUGCUCCCAAGUAGUCUUGAUAAAUUAGCAAAAAAUCUCUGUCCAGAAUUAGGAACAAAAGGAUCAAUCCAACAUGAGGAUGUGCAAGAGUCGAAUCUGAUUCCUCUCCGAAAGGAAUUGUUAGACUAUAUGAAGCAGGACAUCCUUCUCCUUGGAGGUGUAAUGCAAAAAGCUCAAGAUAUAUAUUGGACUCAGUACAAAGUAGAUAUCGUGACAAAAUUAACCUUGUCAUCGCUAGCUCUCACGAUUUUUCGUUCGGUUUAUUACAAUCAAAAAGACUGGCCUAUCUAUAUCCCAAAUCGGAACGAAGACUCUUUCAUUCGUAGUGCUUACUAUGGUGGCCAUGCUGAUACAUAUAUACCACAUGGUGAAAACCUAUAUUACUAUGAUGUAAACUCUUUGUAUCCAUAUAUUAUGAAAACAUUUCCUAUGCCUGGGGGUAAGCCCAUAUGGGAUGGAAAUUUACUAGGCCAGGACUUAGACAACUUGUUUGGUUUUAUUGAAGCUUAUGUUGAGUGUCCACCUAAUAUAAAACGACCAUUUUUACCAUAUAGGGAUAGUAAGAGGAAAAUACUACGCUUCCCUACAGGUCAAUUUGUAGGGGUUUAUUACAGUGAAGAAUUAAAGUAUGCGCGCGACAUAGGCUACCAGAUCAUGCCUCUAAAAGGGUACUUGUUUGAAAACAAGAAUAGCACCCCUUUCGGGGGCUUUGUUUCCACCCUAUUCGAAAAAAGACAAGAAGCUAAGAAAACUGGUAAUGAAGCCUUGUCCUAUGUGUACAAGAUCCUUAUGAAUUCACUCUACGGUAGAUUUGGAAUUAACCCUAAUUGCACAUUCACCGAGGUCUGCGAUGUUAAUCGAUAUAACAUUUUGACAAAGACAACAGAUUUCAUUUUUGCGGACAAGCUUAGCGAACAUUACUAUAUCGUCAGUUACCAUAGCUAUAUCUAUGCAGAAGAAGAGUCGGAGUGGAAGCCACCAAGGAUAUCAGCUGUUCAAUUGGCUGCUGCGGUCACAGCUUGUGCUCGGAUUCAUAUGUAUCCAUAUAUUUCCAGACCAGACUGUUACUACACGGAUACGGACUCUGUUGUUCUUGGUAAUCCUCUUCCUGAGGUCUUGUCAGAGCCAUAGAAUUGGGAUUCUUUGGGAUAGACUAGAUAUCAUUAGAAAAGAAACACAAGCUAGCCUUGGUAUCAGUGCUAGUAACAAAAGGAUACCUGUAUAUGAUACUAAUCAUCUUUGGGUGGACACUGUACCAUUUGAUGUUACAGACUUUGCUGGUCAAGAAAGAAAGGUACUUGAAUAUAAAUUGAGCUGUCUU